CACGAAGAUGUUGUGACAUGAUGGCGGUGGGCAUUUACAGCACACCUUCACAUGCCACAAAGGCACACCCAGCAUAACAACAACCGCCAUCGAUCGCAAGCCAGUAGCUAAGGUGGUGAUAUCGCGUCAGUGGCACAGCGUAUGUAAUAACCUCAGCUUCCAUUACUACGAAUACCGCAAACGCUCGCUGUCAUCCAUUCCCCAACAACCAAGCGACCAUGCACGCACCUCGUCACUUCUUGGGCAUGCUGAGCGUGUCCCGCGGUGAGCUGACAAGCAUCCUGCGCGGGGCAGUUGCGAUGAAGGCGGCGGUGAGCCGGGAUCCCACCGCCCAGCUGCAAUGGCUGCAGGGGCGCACCAUGGCGAUGGUGUUUGAGAAGCCGUCGCUGCGCACGCACACGUCGUUCCAGACGGGGAUGCACCAGCUCGGCGGCAACGCCAUCUACCUUGGGCCGGAGCAGAUUGGCCUCGGCAAGCGCGAGCCCAUCAAGGACGUCUCGCGCGUGCUCUCGCGCAUGACAGACAUCAUCAUCGCCCGCGUGUUCUCCAACGAGAGCAUCCGGGAGCUUGCGGCGCACUCGAGCGUGCCCGUCAUCAACGCGCUGUGCGACGUCGAGCACCCGUGUCAGGCCGUCGCAGACAUGCUCACCAUCCUCGAGCACAAGGGCCGCCUCGACAGCUCCCUCAAGGUCACCUUUGUUGGCGACGGCAACAACAACGUCACGCACUCCUUGGCGCUGGCGUGCGCGCAGCUGGGCGUCAACUUCACCUGUGCCAGCCCGACGCAGCACAGCAUGGAUGCGGGCAUCCUGAAGACAGCGCAGGACACGGCGAGCGCCACAAGCGCCGCCAUCACGCAGACGGUGGAUGUGGCCGAGGCGGUCACGGGUGCAGAUGUGGUGUACACGGACACAUUUGUCAGCAUGGGCCAGGAGGAUGAGAAGGAGCAGCGCCUGUGCGAGUUUGAUGGCUACCAAUCUUCAUGCAUGACAUGCCAGCGUACCGCGGCAUUGAGGUGGCGGAGGACGUGAUGGACGGACCCCAGUCGGUGGUCAUCGACCAAGCCGAGAACCGCCUCCACGCGCAGAAGGCGAUUGUCUGUCAUCUCAUGCAAGUCGGCCCCUUUGCACCGACCCACCAGAAGUAACCAAGACAAUGUGUCGAUGUGUGUGUGUGUGUGUGUGUGUGUG